AUGCUUCCAUUUAGUUGUGUAUGUUCUAAUGUAUCAAUUCAAUUAACACUAAAACAAAUACAAAUACCUCCAUUAAAAUGGAUUAAUCCAAUAACAGGGACAGGUAAAAUAACUAUCAAAUAUACAUCGUUUACUCAUACUACUCAAAUUGGUAAAUGGUCAUGUGUUAGAUGUAAUUCUUGUGGUACUGAUUGUUGUUUAUUGUGUGAUGGAGAAAUUAUUAUAAACCCAAUACUUAGAGAUGUUAUUAGAUUAAGAGAAAAAUUAACGUAUUCUCAUACCUUUGGUAUUUACGUUGAUCUUCAACUAAUUAAAAGCAGACCAACAACAGGUCAAAAUUCAUAUGUUGGUUCAUUAAGCAUUGGAUCAGUUAGAGAUCCAAUUGAAAAAGAACUUAUUACUAUAAAACAAAAACGAGUUGAACAACUAUUUCAAGAAAAAGAAAGAAAAAUAAGAGAAUUUGUAAUGGAACAAGAAGAAGCAUAUGAAGCUGAACGGCGGUUAAUUUCUAAUGAACUUGAUGCUAUUAAAACUAAAUUAGAAAAUGUUCAAGAUGAAAUACCAAAAAUCACAAUCACCCCAGUUAAAGUUACAAAAACGAAAUCAAGCAGUGGAAUCUUUGAUAUGGAUGAAGACUUUGAUGUGGAUGAAGACUUUGAUAAUUCUACCCAAAUAACUGAUUCUACAACACAAAACCAUAUAGACCAAAAACAGACUCAUCAAGGUUUUAAUACCAUUUCAUCUCCAACUGACUCUGAUGACGGUGAUCAAUCAUCUUCGGAUAUUUUUACUUCUAAUGUCCAACACAUUAAAAGAAGUAAACCAAUGAAACUCAAAGAUGAUUUUCCUUCUACUUUCAAAGAAUAUACAAUAAAUUCAAUGACUAAUACAGAUGAAUUACCUGUAUCAAGUUCUUUUGUGGGAAAGUAUCAGUUCUAA